GGUACAGUUACAGUGCAUGUAAAAAAGUAGCUGGCUCUAAGCAUAGAUACAAGAGGUAUAGUAGUACAGUAUACUCGAGUCUACGUACAUCAUAACACUCAACACUCACUCUUCUGUAUGAGAUUGCUGCUGCACCCUGUCUUUGUAUUUGAUCAAGAGAAACUAUUCACAAGAACAUUUUGAGGUUUAUGUGGGAACCAGAUUGACUUGUUUAACCUUUGACCUUUGUCUGUGAGGGAAAUGGAUGAGGCCAUUGAGGCCAUAAAGGCAAUGGGGAUCACCCAGGACGAGGGACAGAUCAGAGAGGCCCUACUCCAGUGCAAUAACAACCCGCAAGAGGCAGUGCAGCUACUGCUCCCAGAGAGUCCAGUUGACCCCUCCAUACUCAACAGCGAGUAUGUCAAUAUACAAUCAUAUAAACGCAUCAACUCGGAUGACUCGUGGGUGAAGGACCGUGAUGGUGACAGCCAUGAUGUAGACAUGCGUGACACUGAGACUCACCCCGGAACCCCGGACGACUCUGAUCGUGACUCAACCACUGUUAGCUACUCACUGGACGAGGACAACCUCAGGGAUAUUGAGGAAGAUAGCAAUUACACAGGAGACGUUGAGUUAAGGGAAUUCCCCACACCUGAGCAACCACGGCCUGAGGGACCCCCUCCACGCUAUGAGGAUAUAGUCCAAGACAACCAGGGAGACAUCUCGGACAUGUCUGAGGACCAGCCUCCUCCCCUAGUUUCCCCUAGCAACGAGGAAGAGACCACACCCACUGGAGAGGAGACAGCCGUCGAUCAGGCAACCACCUCUAACAUUGAGUUCCCUCUGACCCAUUUUUACGAGCUUGAGGGCAGAGUUCACACGGACCAGUGGUCCAUUCCGUACAAGAGAGAUGAGAGUCUGGCCAUAUGUAUGGUGGCCACCAUCAAGAUGAUCAGAGAGGGUGCUGGUUUGGCUGAGAGCGAUGAGAACUGCAAGAAGUUCUUAGAGAGAACUGUGUACGACUCAUUCCAGAAGCUGGUGACCCAUGAAGCAGUUUUCCGAUGGGACCAAUCCAUCAUGGAUGGUAUCUAUGACAUGCUGCGGAUACUGAUGGAGAUGGUAGCUGAGAGACUAAAGCAGCCACCCAUUCCAGUUGUGCUGCUAGACGUACUGGCAAUGGUGUUCAAUGCUGAUGCCAACUUCCAUGUGAAAAUGAGGAACAAGCGGAGUGAUCCAAGUCGAUGGAAGAGAGUGCUAGGGGAGGAUGGGAUCUUUGCACUCAUGCCCAACUUCCACACUCACAAGGACCCCAAGGGAUGGCUCGUGGAUAUCCUUAACAUUUUUACUCAACACGGUGGAGUGGAGGCUAUUAGGGACAUCAUUGAAAACACAGAAGAGAUCACACUACAGGAGCUGACAGGCCUCUUCCUGCCGCUCAGUGUGUGUGAAGACUACAUAAACCCUACCUUCCUCAAGGUUCUUCUCUCUAAGAGCAUUGUCAGAGCAAUCAAGUUUGUUCACAGCCUCACCGACGAUUCCCUUAAAAACAAAGAGGUUGGUUGUGUCUCAGACCUCCUAAAGUCUCUGAAAACUCUCCUGCUACGCUGCAACUUGUUGGAAAUGGUCACCACCAUUGAUAACAUUCGUCUGGAGACCACUAUACGGAUGUUGAACAUUGCUCACUUCAAUGCCAAGAUGAAUGCUUUAAAGGAAGUGGUUCGAUUGACUGAUGAGCCAUACCAGGCAGCUGCUCGUGGUGUUCGUAGUCCCAUACCGGCUGACAGAAUUGCUGACUGGCUUGUGGAGAACAAAGUGCUCUCUAUAGCACUGGGAGGUAACCUCCACCAGUCCCAGUACUGUGACAAGCUCAAGUCCAUUGUUGAGUUCCUUGGACCCAAACUCUCUGUGGACGAGCUGACCACCAUGUGGGAGAUGCAGGUUGACAAGAACCCUGUCCAGGUAGAAAAUGUCCAUGGCAUCCUGGCAGCAGCGGCUUCCAGGUCUGGCCCUGCCCAUCUGGACCACAUCUUCCAACUCAUUCAGCAGAGUUGGGAAUCAGCCUCGGACAGGUACAGAGAGAAGCUGCUUGAACUCAUUGGCAAGAUUGGGAAAGAUGAUCGGCAGGGAAAGACAGCCACCAAGAUCCUAGAUCUGCUCUGGCGUCUGGCCCACCUCCCCCAAUUGAGCCGUGAGAUGGUGGAGCUAGCACUGGAAAGCCACGCCUCAAUCCUUAUUGACUCCACCCAUACCAAGGAGACAGAGAAGAGGACCUACAUCAAUAAGUGUGUAGAGGACAUACGGAAGGGUGUGUGGGUUGUGUCCGCCUUCCGUCAGCUGCACAGAUUUGCCAAGGGCUUCUUCAGAACUGGAUAUGGUCAAAAAGAUCAGCACCAGAUAGCAGAGUUUCAGAAACAGUACGACCUCCUGAGACUCACCUCCGGUAGCCUGAUCAAGUGUCACUCACGAGCUGUCCAGGACUGCACUCAGGAUGAAGAAACCCUUGCUGGUACCACGCUCAUUGAUGGCCGGUAUACCCACUUAGAGUGUAUUGAAAUCCAUCUCAAGUUCAUGGCCUUCCUGCUGCAAGAAGGUGCCCUGUACCUUCCUGUCAAGAGAGCCAUUGAUGUGUGGGACACUCUCAUAAGUGCUCCAGACACUUGCCCAGCCGAUAGAACACUGGCAUUCAAAUGGUUUGACAACGGGAUGAGCGAUCUGGAGCACGAGACCCAGGUGCUAAUGUUCAACACACGUGUGCUCAAGGUUGACCCAGAUAAACUGGACAAACCAGGUUACAACUGCCUCAGGAACUUUUUUGAAACUAUCAACUUGUUUGAGAAGAAGCUCAAGCGAAUGACCUCCUCUUAUCAGAGUCUGCUGGUGGAGAACCCUGAACUGACUGGGAUAGACUACAUUUGGAGAGCGGCUCUGGAGGUUGGGGAUACUGGCAUUGCUGAUGAGCUCAUUCAGAACAUACUGCAAGUCAGCUACCAGGGACUCAGCCAAAAACUAAAGAAGGAUUUAGUUGCUCUCCAUCGUCGAUUCAUUGACGAGUGCUUCAAGCGUCUGGAGGAGCUGACAGGUUGUGAAGAGGGAAAGACGGGAUCGGGAAGGGUGGGCAGGAUGAGCCUCUCCCUCAGGCUGCAAGCCAUCCAGAGACUCCUCAUUCUCACUCAGAGAUACAUCACAACAGUCGAGGAGUCCCACCAUUACCCCCGUGCUGUCCCACCCCACGGAGCCACAUUUCUGGGACAUCCCCUUGUCCUCUCAAUCUCGUAUGAGUUAUUACUGAUCCCACUGGAAGUUCAUUCCAACGAAAGCAUGCUCUCUAUCAGAGAGAAGAUUGCCCACAAAUUGAACAUUACGGUAGAGCAGCUACAGCUGGCUACACAGGAUCGAUGGCUUGACACUAGUGACAAUAACAAACUGGUUCAUCAAAUGGGAUUUACCGAUAAUCAGGUCCUCACCACCAAGGUCCAGUCCAAUCUGUCUAACACUUACAGCAAGGUGGCUGAGGAGGGCAACGAGCUGAGACAAGAGUCGAUGCAUGAGAAGGAGCAGUUCCUUCCUGGAAUCAUCAUGGCCACUCAGACCGAGGUUUUCAGCAAGCUAGAGCACCUCUGUACCCUAGGCAAUCCUGAAGUUACUAAGGCAGUGAGAGGAUUGCAAAUGCUCAUACCCACGGAUAAUCGUGUAUCAGAGAUGAUGGAUGUGUUCACACAUGCCCCGCUUGAGGGGGCGGGGGCUACGGAGGAUCAUGCCACACCCACCACCCCUCAGGCUGCACUCAGCAAUUAUUUCAGCCCAGCAAAUACAUCACCAACUCAACUGCUUUAUAAUCUCGAGGUGUUGAGCAGUCGCCUGAUCCCAACUACUCACAAGACUGAGGACGCCAUCACACAGAUAUUCAGACGUACCUUCCUAGAAAGUGGUGGACUCAAGUCAGUGAUCAAUGUCCUGCAGAAGAACGCUCUGCCCAGUGACCUGGACCUGGUCAUACGACAGGACUGCUAUGCCAUUGCCCUCUCCCUAGCAAGGUUUUUGCUGUGCAACCAUCAGAGCACCCUGCCCCUUGCUCCCCGUAUCUCCGCCCGCCAGCAUUCUUCACUCUCCCAGAGUGCAGCAGCUGACGAGGAGCCUCUACUGGGGGAGGGGGAGGGGCUAGACACCAGACACGAGCUUGUGAAGAUGGUGAGCACUGACGAAGAGGUCGCAAGACUCACUAUAGAGACAAUGAGUGUGGAUGACUUUGCCACGACCCUGGCAUACCUGAUACGAGUGUGUUGGUCAGCAGCUGCCGGUCAACUUCACCUGGCCAGCAUUGGGGACUCGCAGCCCCCCUCCCCUGCGCUCCAACGUGACCAACCCUCUUCCUCACCGGGACCAGCCACUAUGCAGUUAAGAGCUGGGAUAUGCGGUCAGCAGGAGCCAGGCUCUGUAGGAGCAAAGAAUGCGGCCAUAGCUCGAGAGAGUUUGGAGCUGCUGGUGACGUGCCUCAAGUUACGCAGUCCGCUCCUCAACAUAUUCUACACCCUCCCUCACGUGUCCGAGUUCCUGAUGGACCUCCUGCUAGGCACCCCACACCCUGAUAUCAGGAUCUCUGUAGUAACCCUAUUUUGUCAGCUCUGUAGGGACGUUGAUAUUGAGUCCGAUCGGCCCUCAUUCUCUGAGACCACGCCCUCUAAGCGAGCCAAGACCUCGUCAGUGGAACCUCCUCGUCAUUUCUUCCUCCAUCUGCUACUCAGGCACCCGUCAAAUCUGUGGGAGGCCCCCCUGGAGAGCGGUAGUGGAGGCUCACAAUGGGAGAGGUGUGCUGAGUAUUUCCAGUUCCGCUGUGAACUGCUACAUGGGCUGAGGGUGUUUGAGCAAGAGGCUCUAUCGGUGGAUGUCCAUAGCCUGGUGAAGAGGGAGUUAGAAUGGCUAAGCAAAGUGACUACCUCCUCCUCCCCCGGGUUCCAAACCUUACUGGCAGGACACCUCAAUCUGACACGAGCACUAUUCACCUGCGAGGGAGUUAACAAGAAGGACUUAGGUAAGAGUCUGUGCCCUCGACUAAUCACAUUCUUCCUCUUUCCUGCCUCCAAGAUGAUUCUGGAGUCACAAGAGCCCACCCCCACCAGCAUCAACCCAAUAUGCAGUGAACAAUUGUCGCGAAUAGCUGCCUAUGAUCUGCUUGUGGAGCUCUGUACGGACUGUUACGGCAACCUAGAGUUAGUUGUGAGGCAGCUAGCAUCUAUGCACCACCAGGAAAACCCUCAGUUGGCCAAGGAGUGGGAGCACCAACCUCCUGUGAUUGGUCGGAGUCCUUGCGGGUUUGUAGGUCUAAAGAAUGCCGGGGCCACGUGCUACAUGAAUUCUGUCCUUCAGCAGCUGUACAUGACCACACCCAUCAGGAACACCAUCCUCGGAGUGGAGGUUGAGCAGAGCAGUGAGGAGAUUGAGACAAUCCUUCCGGAGCUACAGUCAGUGUUUGGACACAUGCUCGAGAGUCGACUGCAGUACUACAUUCCUGACAACUUCUGGAAGAAGUUCAAACUGUGGGGGCAGCCAGUGAAUGUUAGAGAGCAGCAAGAUGCCUUUGAUUUCUUCUGUAACCUCACAGACCAAGUGGAUGAGCAACUCAAGAAAAACUCUAGUCGGCCAGUGGUUCAAGAGUCUUUUGGAGGCAAGUUCCUAGACCAAAAGAUUUGCCGAGGCUGUGAACACACCUACGACAGAGAGGAGUCCUUCCUUUCACUCUCUCUGCCCGUCAAAUCCAAGAAAUCAUUGCAGGAGAGCCUCAAAGAGUUUGUGAAAGGUGACCUUUUGGAGGGAGAUAACGCAUACUUUUGUGAGAAGUGUGAGGAGAAAAGGGACACUCUGAAGCGUACGUGCAUCAAGACAUUGCCCCCUGUACUGGUGGUCCAUCUGAAGAGAUUUGACUACGACUGGGAGGCGAACAGGGCCAUCAAGUACGAUGACUUCUUUGAGUUCCCCUUGCUCCUGGACAUGGCCCCAUACACUGCUGAAGGUAUAGCCCAGUUAGAGGAGGGGAGGGAUACCACUGAGAAGAAGCAGUACGAGCUAGUGGGUAUUGUGGUUCACUCGGGACAGGCUUCAGCAGGACACUACUAUGCAUUCGUCAAGGAGAAGAGUCGUAAGUCAGUCCUGCCUGGAGUUGAGGGGGGAGCCCCCGUAGAAACAAGGCAAGGUCGGUGGCUCCGGUUUAAUGACACUCUGGUCGAUGAGUUCGUGCUCAACGACAGCGCUCUGGAGUCUGAGUGCUUCGGAGGCAGCUACAAAUCUAAGUCUGACACCCAUCACACCCAUUCCGAGACAAGAGUACGAUACUGGAAUGCCUACAUGCUGUUCUAUGAGGCGGUGGAGUGGGAAGGAAGUGGAGAUAUUACCCCUAGCAAGUCAUCAGAGCUCCCCUCCCCCUUAUUGCCUCCCACUGGGGACGAGGGACUCGAGCAGCUCCAGGCCCUUGUUCAGAAGGGAGACAAGAGACAGCUGUUCACUGAGACGAUGCCGGCCGAGAUCCAGAGAAGUGUGAAUGAGGAGAACCUCCAGUUCAUGCAGCACAGGGACGUCUAUUGUGUCGAAUACUUUGAGUUUGUGCACAGGCUGAUAGUCAGCAAUAUGAGUUUGAUUCAGUCUAAUCCCAACUCCGAAGAGAGCACUUUGUUUGGUGUGUGCAGUCUACAGCUUGCCAUCAACUUCCUCUUCCACACCUACUUUAAGACCAAGAAGAAGCUCAGGACUGAGCUUGAAGCCUGGGGUAGGAAUGUGGAACUGCUGCUGAGGAGCAACAAGGAGGCCUGUCACUGGCUGGUAGAGCUACUGGCUGGAGACAAGGGACUCUACUACCUCAAGCCGUUUCUUCUCGAGUGCCCCACUAAGGAAGUGAGGCAGUCUUUCUGUACCAUUCUCCGACAGGCUGUGAGGAGCUAUGUCAGUGCUGGAGGACCCACUAGUGAGGGCCCAGUGGAACACAUUGUGGAUACACUUCUGAAAAUGCUGGAGAAAGAUGUCAUUGACAACAGCAAGGCCUGUGCAGAGUACUUUGAGUUUUUCAAGAGUUAUGCCAGUUCUCCCCAGGGUUGUCGCCACUUGUUGAGCAAAAACACAUUUGUGCACAUGGUGACAUUCCUGCUUGGACCUGCUCUGAAAGAAACUGACUCCAGACAGGACAAGGCUCCCCCGCGGAGGUGGAGCUCUAACCAGGUCAAGGAAUUUGGUCCCCUGCAUGGCACUCUCUCUCUCCUCGUGCGACACUCUGACAUAUCCAUGUUUGAGUCUGAGACUGAGAGCAGUGACUCUCCCCAGAGUAACCCGUACAUGUUACCAGGUCAGAGAGAAGACCUGCAGCCCCCCUCAGACGGCAUGCACCAGGCUUUGUUUGCCAUCGAUCACAGCAAGAGGUUCAUCAAGGAGUGUGUGCUGACACUGAGGGAGUGCGACGCAACUGCAGCUGAGGCCAUUGGAAACACCUUCUGCUACUGCUGCUGGAACAACCAGUCCUACUCAGCUUGUGCCCUUGAGGAUCUGCAGGUCCAGAUCUCUGCAGUUUUAUCGAGUGAGGUAAAAUCGUACUUCAAAGUGCUCACAGAGAUUCUCCUAAUCAACGACUCCCUCCAACUCAAGAGAAUCAGCUUCACAAUCAAUGGAGGAAAGUACCAACCUCAUGUGUCCAUCUUCAACACAAUAAGGAACAACUCCUCCGGACAAAGCCAGACAGACUCCAAGAAAGCUUACCAAGGCAUCAAAUUCCUUGUAGGACUGGCGAACAAGUGUACACCAGCCAAGGACUUUCUGCUCUCCCACUCAAGUGACUGGCAGUGGGCUGUCACAUGGCUACGGAAGAAGAUGACUGACUCGUACUCCUGGUCACAUACUGGUUCCUUGUCAAAUGAGUCCUCGUCCACCCGUCUUUUCCAGCGGACGUACAGUGCACAGGAUACGUUGGAGGAGGCUAAUGCCAUAUUACUAGAGCUAGAGGCAAGGGACUCAAAGCAAUCUCCUCAAGUGAGCAGUACUGAGAUGGAACCUAUAGAUAGCCCUCGCACCGACAGGACAUCACAUGGCAACGAUGUAGACUCUAAUGAUACUGUAAACAAUAAUCAGGUAGAAGGAUAACCUGUUUUCCUGUUAGUUUUGUUGUUUUUUAAUUUCUUAGCCUUGUUUGUGUGUACGUGUGAAAUGGUUUGCACUCCCAAGUAAGUGUUUAGUGCAUCUAACACGGUUACAUACAUUUUA